AUGCUCCAGACUCAAGUCCAGAUUCUAAAUGAUUUGGGGCGUACCUCCAGCGAAUGGUUCCAGAGCCAGCUGACGAAAAAAAAGGCCCUAUGCAUAGUGGGUGGCCUCUUGGGAUUCGUGGCGGGAGUCACUUUGCUUGUCUUCCACAAGCGCUUCAUCGCGGCCAUGGCCGAUGUUUCUGACUUGAUAAGGGCAUCCAAAUUCGGUGGGCUUGCGUUGUUUGUGGCCAUAUUCUUUGUGGGCUUCCCUCCUCUACUUGGCUUCUCUGCACUAUCCAUGCUUUGCGGAAUGGUCUAUGGCUUCCCCGGCGGCUGGCCCUUGUUGGCCGCAGCAUCGACAAUCGGCUCUUUUGCGUCGUUCAUGGUAUAUAGGUAUUUUCUUCGUAACCAGGCCGAGCGGCUUGUUGCGAGGAACGAGAAGUUCCGAGCGUUCGCCGAGAUCUUGAAGGAGGACGCCUCGUUGUUUCUCCUUAUUCUUUUGAGGCUCUGUCCGUUGCCGUACUCGUUGUCCAAUGGAGCAUUGGCGGCAAUUCCCAAUCUCCCGGCCUCCACCUAUCUUUUGGCAUCGGUGAUCACGUCCCCAAAGAUGUUCAUGCACGUGUUCAUAGGGCACACCAUCAAGAAUCUCGGCGACGCCGAGAGGCCGGCAGCUGCCAAGGCGCUCGAUGUUUUCAGCAUCCUACUCACGGGCUGUGCGGUGUCGCUUGCCAGCUAUAUAAUCUACAGAAGGAUGCAGCAGAAGUUGGAGUCUUACCACGAACGAGGCCCGAACAACGACGCGAUGUACGAGGACUUGGUGUUUGGUGAUUUCGGCGAGAGCCCAGAACUAGGCACCAAUUUGGAAUUGGACGCCGCAGAGUUUGACGACGACCAUUUCAUCAUUGCCGAUGACGACGAGGACCUUCCGGCGGGCACGAACGCCCGUGGUCUUGAUCUCCUAGAUGAGCCGCAGGAACUCGGCAAGCCGCCGAAAUACAGGGACUACUGA